GAAUCGAAAGUCGGGGAAUCCCCCGGUUCUUGUAACUCGGUCCCAGAUACCAGGAAACCGUUAAUGGUUUGUUUCGGAGAACCUCAAAUCGACAUUUCGGUGUAGGAGGCAGAAAUAUUCAGACAUAGUGUGACUCGAACGGCGAUAUCUCUAAGAUAUACUUGAGUUGGUUCAACAAAACAAAUACAGUGAGCUGCUGGUGAACUGGGAGUCUAUGCUGCGUUCGUGUUGGCUGUAACAGCAGCGUCCUCGCCAGACACAUUGUGGCAAUGUCGUGGCAAGAGAUCAGAGAACAGCUUCAGCAGAACUUGGACCAACCUCUUAGCAACCAACUAUGUCAGCUGUACAACCAACUACACAUACCGAUGAUUAUACGCCGCAAGUAUGCUCGCUGGUUCGAGGACAAUAUCUGGCCGGACGUGAUGGAGGAGCAGAAGGCGUGCCGGCUGUACAAGGAGCUGAUGAACUUCAUGUCAGAUGACAUCGAGACACUGAAAGAGGACCAGGAUCAUGUUCUGGAGGCCGUGGAGAUCGCCCACGCCAAGAUGAAGAUCAAGGAGUCCUUUGGCCAACACCCGACAGAAUUUUUAAAAGCUGUCAUUCAUGCUUUGGAUGACGAAAAGAAGAUCAUCUCAGGCUAUAAGGUGCAGGUGAAGAUGGAGGAAGAAGUAGAGGAGGAGGUUGCCAUCCAUGACAUCUUCAGCCCUCAACUUGAAGAUAUGCGGAGAGAAAUUGAGAACCUGGAACAGCUGGCUGCAACAGCCAACAACCAUCUCUCAGUGGCGAAACAAAAGAAGGAAGAUAUGUUAGAAGAUAAAGACUUUGACUAUUCUGUUGUCCUCAGCCAAAUGGGAGGAACUAUCAACCAGGAACAGUUGUAUAACAUGUUUACUGAGAAACAGAAUGAGACAAAGCGAAUAAUUGAAGAGAACAUUGUUUCUUUCAAUGGAAACAGACAGAUGGUACAGGUGACGCUCCGGAAAAAGCUUGAGGACCUACAGCUCCUUCAUACACAGAUUCUAGAGAAGGUCUCAGAGUUCAAGCACCAACAGAAGUUGGCGUUUGUCCGGGCAGCGGUCAAACCUCGGAUUGAAGAAGUUGAAAAAUGGUGCGGAAACCUUGGUAACGUGUGCUGGAAGCUGUUCCAGCUGACCAACAGUCCUGAGUUCCGUGAGGUCAUCUCAACAUCACUGCAUUCUGUGGAAGAAAUGGAACAAAAGGUGGCGCCCUCUAUCGCAGCGGAGGACAACGCAGAAGUGGAGGCAAUGAUCAGGAAAUUGCGUGGCAUGUUCAAAAAGCUGCUGGAGGAAACCUUCAUCGUGACGACGCAGCCCCCAGAAGUGCUGAAGAUGGUUGGUGCCAGAAACAAGGGAACUAGUCGGGAGUUCCAUACUUCGGUCAGCAUCCUGGCUCUCAGCUACCUUCAGAUAGAGCAGAUUUCCUCAAACGUUGUCGCAUCCUUCUUUGCGGAGACAGACAUUGGCACUUAUAAGCGCAAGAAGCAAGUCAGUUGUUCCCUCCAAAACAAUGAAGCCCAGUUUAAAGCCACAGGAUCCAGACCCGAGGCUUGUUUCAAUGAACUCAAGGUGAAGGACUUCAGUCGCAUGAAGGAGAACGAUGACAGCCGGGUCUCAAAACAGUUUUAUCGUGUGACCUUCAGCACCAAGGUCACUCUGCAGAGUGAAUGGAUCUUCGACCUUGAGACAAUGUCCCUGCCCAUCAUCAUCAACACAGGCAGCAACCAGGCGUGUGAGGCCCUGGGGUCCCUCCUGUGGUACUGCUACAACACAGACGAUGUGUACCACAACUUCCAGCAACCGUUUCCAAAUGAUCUACCCCUAGACAAGGUGCUGGACAUGUUGAGUUGCUGCCUCCGGACCAUCAGCCCCCGGGACCUGCAGGAGGACGAGCGACGGUUCCUCGGGGAGAAACUCACAGGGAAGUCCAUCAAGAAGACCAGUCCGGGUGAGGGACUCACCGUCAAGUUCUCUCAGUUCUGCGUGGUGAGUCUAUCUAGCAAGAUGAACAUCAACAAAGACAAGAACGUGGAGUUUUCUUUCUGGAAGUGGUUCCAGGCUGUCAUGAACCUCAUUGAGAAGUACCUCCUUGAACCGUGGAAGGAUGGUAAAAUCAAAGGCUUUGUGAGCAAAACCAGUGUGCGGAAGAAGCUGAUGACCCAGAGACAUGGAACCUUCCUGAUCCGAUUCUCUGAGUCCUGUGUGAACGGCGACCAUCAAGACGUCACAGGGGGCAUUGUUGUGGCUCUCAAAUAUGAAGACACUGUGACCUUUUCACCACCUCGAACGGAGGUACAUCUCUCCAAGAACAGCCUGGCAGACAUCUUGAGGUCAUUCAUCAACCAGAAGAACGGAGAGGCCUUGCUACAAACUCUCUUCCCCCACAACAAAGAUCGUGAGGCAUCAUUUAAGAAGUACAGCACGAUUCCAGUGGAGAAGAAGAACCAGCAGUACAACUCGGGCUAUCCGGGGUGGAUCACACUCAUGGGACUUGAUCUCAGCUUCAGUAAAAUGAACAUGACCGAGCAUCAGAACGCGUAUGGCGGUGACGGUGGCGACAUGGACAUCUGGACCGUGUCGUCAACAUGUCAGAGCCCAGGGCGACACACAUCUCGGGGCGGACCAGUGAGGGUCAAGAAGCGGCGAUGUGAUGAUUCUCCGGGGAGUUCCACAUCCAUGCAGGAUGGAGGGAACCAGAUGUCCACAGCCUACUAUCAGAAUGGAUUCUCCAACAGCGAGAACUCCAACAGCAGUGGCGGCAACAUCCCUCGCUUUCUGUCUACGACAACUAGCCAGUCUACAGCAUAUAACCAACCCUCUCAUCUUGUGCAAGAUGUUGAGCAAUUCUGUAACAACUUUGGAAUGCCGCUUGCGAGCACAACUCAGACUAUCAAUAGCACCAGCAUGAACUGGUCGUCGGUCCCUAUCCAAAUGCAGAAUGGAAGUCCGGAGUUUAGUGAGGGCACUCCGAGUCAGAGUCCUUCUUCAACUGUGUCAGAUUACGAUCAAAACAAUCUUUCUCCUGAUCUCCGCGACAUUCAGCCUUCGCUCCCAAUGAGCGCCUUCAACCAUACUCAAGGUCGAGGUCAACCCGAUCCUGUAAACACCCAAGGUUUCAUGGACCUUCUCCAGAACGGCCCCAUAGAAGAACAACCAUGGCAGGUGCCGAUGGGUCUUGUUGAUUGAGGGAAUGCAUUGUUCUAUUGUUUCUAUCAUGCUUGUUUCAGAGAUAUUGUACAGUGUCAAUAAAUGAACUACGACAAAGUGAAGAAAAAUUGUCCCUUGUUAAUUUCCACCAUUUGUGUUUUGGCCGGUGAUUGGUCUUGUUGACUACAGGAAUGCAUUGUUGUGGCGUUAAUCAUGUUUAUUUCAGAGAUGUUGCACAGUGUCAAUAAAUGAACUACGACAAGAUUAAGAAAAAUUGUCCCUUUGUCAAAUUCCACCACUUGUGUUUUGGCCGGUGAUUGGUCUUGACUGAAGGAAAUCAUUGUUGUGGCGUUUCUAUCAUGUUUGUUGUACAGUGCUCACCAAUGAAUUACGAAAAGAUUAAGAAAAACGGUCUUCUUUUUCAAUUUCCAGAAGUUGUCUUAUGUGUGUGUGUGCAGUCUUUCAACAGUGUUGAUUCUGAUUUGCUAACCUUAUAAUACAUAAUAAUAAUGAGAAAUCUUAUAAUGCGCUAAUCUCCACGCAACAAAGCAUGCUCGAAGCGCUAACACCCUGAUUAUUAUUACCCCGGAUAAACCAAGCUGCCUGUUAGGCGCUAGAAGGUUAUAGUCACAUGACUUUAUCCAACCGGUACCCAUGUUCAAGUUUUGAGAAUCAGAAAUACACUAAAAGAUGAAGCAAUACAUCAUUGUACAUAAUUCAUAGAACCUAUUUGGAUCAUCACGUCAUGCAUUUCACUUGAUGUCAUGUAGUGUUACGCAUAGGUUUUGGUUGGAAUCUUGUAGAUAUCUUUGACUUCCACAGUAUUCUUCUAUCAGGUGUGUUUUGAGAGGUUUUUUAAAUUGUUUCAUUGAUUAUGCCAUGAAAUCUUACUGUUGAAUUUGUAAUUGUUGUUGAUAAUAUUUGUUUGUUAUAUCUCAACCUGUCAUGAUAUUCCGGGACAAUUACUUAAAUCGGCAUAAAACCAUACUCACUCACUCAAAACAUCAGUACCAGUAUUCUACCCCCAGGAAAUUAGUUAAGGUUAUAGAAGAGAAAAUUACUUAUUGCCCAGCAAUAUAAAAAGAAAAAAAAUUAUUUGAAUAUACUGUUUUUGAUUGAAGUGGGGUUUUUUAACAAGGAAUUGAAGAAAACCAUCUGGUUUAAAUAAGAAAAUGAAAUAAGUUACAAAUUUGUUUUAUGUAUAUUAUUAUGUAAAAUUGUCAAUAUAAUUGGCCUCUUAUAGCAUAUGAUGUUUUAAAAACAAAUAUAUGCUAUAAUUUGUGUUUUUGUGGAGGUGUGCUGCAUAUAUCUGAUCUUGAUUUUUGUAUAAUUUUUAAAUGUAGUUAAUAUUACAAAUGUUUUCCAUCAUUGUAUGUAUAUUUGACUGAGCAUCACCUCAAAUUCAGUGCUUGUUGAGUUUUUGCUGUCAUAUCAAGAUGUCUAUCAAACUACAGGACACUUUCUAAGGGUUCUACCAUUUGAUUUUUAGAAAACAGCAGGCAAAGGUUUUGUAAUUAAAACAUCAAACAAUAGAUUUUGUGAUUAAAACACUGAACAAUGUAUUUUGGGGGUGUGGGUAUUUUCGUGUCCAAAACUUAUUUUUUAUAAAUACCUCCCGUCCUUGGUCAGUAUGAAUCCAAUAUCAAAUGGUCAGUCCCAGAUUAAAAGGAAAAAAAUCAUCACCUGGAUUGAAAAAUAUUGAAUGUUUGUACAGUCAUUCCAUGUUUUUGACAUUGCUGUAUCACUUCAUUUUGAUAGCUGACUUUUAGAGUAUGUAAUAAUUUGCUGAUUCCACCAAGUACAUUAUUUAAAUUAUUUUGUACACAUAUCAAAUAUGAAUUUUGACAAUUAAAGGCUUUGGCCAAAGGAAAGUGA